AUGAAUGUGGAGGUUACUGCUAUACAGGAGGUGAGAUGGCGGAACGCGGGAGAACGUGAAUUUCGGGCGGUGGACCCUAUUGCAGGAACUGCAUUCAGGUACCACAUCUACUACAGUGGCGGCACGAAGGCGGAAAGGGGAUGCGGUUUCGUACUUAUAGGAAAACAAAUGAAACGGGUCAUUAGAUGGAGGCCGAUCAGUGACCGCAUAUGCGUGUUGAGGAUUAAGGGCAAAUUCUUCAACUACAGCCUGAUAAAUGUGUACGCACCGACUAACGACAAACCCGAUGAAGAAAAGGAGGAGUUCUAUGAGCUCCUCGAAAAGACGUAUAAGGGGUGCCCAGGACAUGACAUCAAAAUCGUCAUCGGGGAUGCAAAUGCGCAGGUCGGGCAGGAGGAUUUCUUCCGCCCCGUGAUUGGUAGGGAAAGUCUCCACCCUACCACAAACGACAACGGCCUGAGGCUGGUAAAUUUCGCUGCAGCCAGAGGGAUGGCUAUCUGUAGCACCUACUUUGCACGUCGGAACAUACGGAAGCACACAUGGAUGCACCCGAGUGGGGCGGCCUGCUCCCAGAUCGAUCAUGUGCUGAUCGAUGGCCGGCAUUUUUCUGACGUAACUGACGUGAGAUCCUUUAGAGGACCAAACGUUGACUCGGACCAUUAUCUUGUGGUAACCAAGAUUCGCGCCCGGUUGUCCAACAUCUUCAAAUCCAGAACAACAAGGAGGAUGCAGGUGAACACUCAGCGGCUUGCAUCGGGUGAAGUGGCUGCAGAGUACCUGCGGAAGGUGGAUGAGCGGAUCGAGAUGCAAACUGGAGGAAGCCUGGAUGAUCAGUGGAGGCAUAUCCUCAAGACAAUCAGCACCACAGCGGGAGAAGUGCUGGGGACAGCUGCGACAACCACGAACAAUGAAUGGUUUGACGCUGAGUGCCAGCGGGUUACGGAUGAGAAGAACCGGGCCAGGGCGCACAUGUUAGCCGCGUCUGUUACCCGGCAGACCGUUGGCAGAUACCGGGAAGCUAGAGCUGCCGAAAAAAGACUCCAUCGCCGGAAGAAACGUCAGCAGUGGGAGCGUGUUCUCGCGGAGGCAGAGGACUGCUUCUCCAGACACGAUGCGAGAAGCUUUUACAAGAAGAUAAACGGAGUCAGGAACCGAAUCGUGUCAGCCCCUGUCAUGUGCAAUGAUAGGGAAGGAAACCUGAUUACCGAUAGAGCGGAGGUGGCCAGGAGGUGGAAGGAGCAUUUCAGGGUGCUAUUGAACGGGGAGGGGAACAGCGGGGACGAAAGGAGCAGUUUGGUGAUUGAGAAUGAUGGUAAAGCUGUGGACCCACCAUCCAUGGACGAGGUGAAGAAAGCAGUGAAGGAACUGAAAAACUGCAAGGCAGCCGGAAAGGAUGGCAUCCCAGCCGAACUCUUCAAAGUUGGGAGUGAAAAGCUGCUUUGUGCCUUACACAGGCUCAUGCUGAAAGUGUGGACCGAUGAAGAACUACCCUCUGACUGGUUGGAGGGUCUCAUAUGUCCGAUCUACAAGAAAGGCCACCGUCUGGACUGCAGCAAUUAUCGGGGCAUAACCCUUCUCAACACCGUUUACAAAGUUCUCUCCCAUAUCCUGUGCCAGAGACUGAGGCCGCUGCAGGAGACCUUCGUCGGCGAUUACCAAUGCGGUUUCCGAGCGGGACGCUCCACUACGGACCAAAUGUUCACCUUGCGACAGACCCUCGACAAAUUUCGAGAAUUCAACCUGCAGACCCACCAUCUGUUUAUAGACUUCAGGGCGGCGUACGAUUCAGUUAAGAGGAAUGAGUUAUGGCAAAUCAUGCUAGAACACGGCUUCCCAACGAAGCUGAUUAGGCUGAUCCGCGCCACCCUCGACGGUUCCACAUCAAGCGUUAGGAUUGCCGGUGAGAUAUCGGACAGUUUCGUGACGUUGGAUGGGCUGAAGCAGGGUGACGGGCUGUCGAACCUGUUGUUCAACAUUGCACUAGAGG